AUGCCUGUGUUUUGCGGAACCGCCUUCCACGUGCCGGAGCGGAAGCGGCUAGAGGUCCUGCAGGAUGUCUUGAUCGCCGUGCGUGACGCUGACGGGGUUAUUGAGCGCAUUCUGCGGCCGUCGGACGCCGACUACGACAGGGUGAUGCAGGAGGCGAGGGAGGCUAACAAGCUGCGGCCGCUGCGCCGGCACCAGUACUUGCUCCCUGGGCUCAUCGACCUGCACGUGCAUGCGCCUCAGUGGCCCCAGACUGGAAAGGCACUGCACCUCCCGCUUAAGGACUGGCUGCAGGAGAGAACGUUUCCGCUGGAGGCCGCCUACAAGGAUGCGGGGUAUGCGGAGAAGGUAUACACGUCUCUGGUGGAAACACUGCUGGCAAACGGCACCACCACCGCCAUGUAUUUUGCCACAAUUCACCUGGAGUCCAGUGUGGCACUUGCCAAGGUUUGUUUGCGGAGGGGGCAGCGGGCAGUGGUUGGACGUGUGUCAAUGGAUAUCCCAGAGGCAUGCCCAGAUUUUUACCGCGAUGAGGGUGCCGUGGAUUCCGUUGCUAAGAGCGCCGCCUUUGUGGAGUCUGUUCGGGCGCUAAGGGGAAAUGAGCGCGGCGUGGUGCUUCCCUCAAUUUGUCCUCGAUUUCUCCCAGCAUGCAGCACAGAGGCUCUUCGUGGCCUCGGAAAGCUUGUGGCGAGGUACAAUUGCCACGUACAGACGCACUGUUCGGAGAGUGACUGGGAGCACAAUCACGUCAUUGAGCGUUUCAAGAAGCACGACGCCUUUGUAUUGGAUGAGUUUGGGCUGCUAACAAGACGCACCGUUUUGGCGCACUCAAACUUCUUGUCAGAGGAAGCCAUGGAUCUUCUGCUCAGCAGAGGGGCCGCCGUGGCGCACUGUCCGUUGUCAAAUUUUUACUUUGCCAACGCCGUAUUUCCCCUUAAGAGGGCACUGGACAAGAACCUUCGUGUUGGCCUCGGCACCGACUUGGCGGGUGGACACAGUCCUUCACUCUUCGACACUUGCCGCCACGCUGUUGCGGCCUCGUGCGUAUUGGAGGACGGCGUUGACCCCAACAAGGCGGCGGCUGAGCGGAGCAACUGGAAGGAGGCCAGAAUAAAUAUUAUCGAGGCCUUUUGGCUGGCCACGGCGGGCGGCGGCGCGGCGCUGGACUUGAAGGUCGGCAGCUUUGAGCCGGGCUACGCGUUUGACGCCCUGGUGGUUGAUGUGGAGGCGCGGAGCGGCAACGUGAAGGUCUUCGAAGGCCACGACUCGUUGGAGGACGUUUUUCAGAAGAUUGUUUACAACGCGACCCCCGCGAACAUCGCGCAGACUUGGGUCGACGGGAGACUCGUGCACCAGCUUGAGCCCGUGUAG